GCUUCUUGGGUACAUAGCUUUUCAACAGUCAGUGGUCGGCGGACAUGGCAGCUGUGCAACAGCAUCCCUUUUUGGGCAUCAGACUGCAGGCAGAGCGGCCAAGAGAAUGCAAAGAGAAGCUGACCGCCACGGGCUUUGCAAAGGAGGGUCGGAGUGCAGAAGCUGAGUGGACAGGAGAGGCAGCCGAGCAUCGCAAGAUGUAUGCCGCAAUUCGCCAGGGCCUCCCAGCAGAACAUUGGCGACGCCGAUUUGAAGAGACACAGAAGGAGCUGCUUGCUCUACAACACGAGGCAAUCGCCCAACAACAACUGUUCGAAGAGGAGCAGAGACAGGCUGCAGCGGAAGAGGCAGCCUUGCGGAUGGAGUUGGCAAAGGUCACUGGGGCUGUCACUGCCCUGCGGGAAUUGCACCAAGCCAAGAGCAGGCAUGAGCAGAUCCGCAGCGAGCCUUGCCAGCCCAGUGGUCCUUCUCAAGACACCGGAAGCAAUCAGCGAUCGCGCAGGCCUUCGAACGCCAUUUCAAAGCCGGUCAGGACUGCUGCGAAUGCAUCGGCAGGCAGAUCAUCCGAACUCCAUCGCAGAGGUUCUAUGCAUUUCUCCUCAACAACAGCUUCGGGAACUCCAUCAAGGAGGGCAAGUGUGCAAUUGGGAUUUGUCCAUGGAGGCCCGAUGGCGCCGAGUCUCAUUGGUCCAAUUGCGGCUACGCCAAAGUGUAACUCUCCAGGAGUUGCUUCUACAGCAGCAAGCAGCAAGGUCUCAGUUGUGCAAGACAGCAUUCCUGAGGUCGUCGUGCAGGAAAGUGGCUAUAUUCCACAGGAUGCAUGGCCAAAGCAUUGGCAGCCAACAAACUUCCCUCCAGCCAGCUUUUAGGCCCAGGAUUGCUGAGCACUGCUUGUUUUACACAGAGAAUAUACAGGUAGACGAUAGAUCACAACCUAGUUUCAUUGUAGUUCUGGAAGGUUGACUGAUUUUUUCUGGUGUCACUGCUUUGCUUAGCGAAUCAUUGUCAUAGAAUAGUAGGUUCUUACUUCUCCGUGGCACCGGAGCGCAAUUAUGCAGAUAGGCAGUGGAUGGCAGUGGCUACCUUUCUAUUCCAGGAUUUCGGGUGUGCCACUUGUUGACACCGAGAGAUCUUGCAGUCACAGAGAGAAGAUUCACAUUCUCUGUGUGGUGCUGCUCUUUGGUUUCCUUUGCUCCUGUUUGGCGCGUUCGCCCCACGAGAGCCCUGCAAGGGAUGGCAUCACCACGCAUAUAGCCCGCAUGGUUUUGCCAGCGUUGGUAGUCAUGGGCCAACUGCAGAUUCAGAUUUGUUAAAAGUGCGUUUGUCCGACCAGGAAAGGAUGUCCGCCUUGCGUGACGACAUCCAACACAUGCCUGUGGGACAGUGUUCUAUCGGUUUACCAAACAGCAAACUAGUUCCUUCAUCGAUGUCCGUUGCUUUGCUUUGACAUGGUGUGAUCAACAGUGAUCAACCCCACUUCUCUCGGAGCAGUUUUGAAAGCCAAUGGGCCAGCCAAGAGAAGAGAAUCCUCGAACUGAAUUUUGC